GCUAUCUCGACAACUACACUUUAGGUCAAUCAAACAUUACUUCUGGCUAACAGAAGGAACCAAACAUAUGGACAUUUAUUCAAAAAUGUACAGUUUAACCAUUACCUUUGUUAUUUUGGUAUCCAUAUUUAAAGCAAAUUGUGAUGAGCCUAGAGAUGAUUUCAAUUCCAGACUCAUUGCUUUGGAGAAAAAACUGGAAAGGCAAGCAGUACAGAUAAUUUCUCUUCAGAAAGAGGUUUCUUCACAAGAAAACACAAUUGCUGACCUGAAAGAAAAAGUUGACGCACAGGACAACGAUAAAAAGAAAAUGGGAUCUGAAAUACUCGAGCUAAAACGAAAAUUACUGAAGCAAAACCGAAUGAUAAAACACUUAUUGAAACUUGUAAAAAAGGCGCCAAUUCAGCAGAACGAUAUUGUCGUGGACAAGAAUGACGAUGAGAGAGCUGGAGAUAUACAAAAAGUUGAUAAAACAAUUGAUAAAAAGAAAAGAUUUGUGCUUGAUACAGUCGAGACGGUUGCAUUCGAAGCAACAAUCGCAGGAGGAAAUAUUGCACACCACACACAUAUCGAUGACAAGAUUGUUUUUGAAACGGUAUCAUUAAAUGUUGGGAGUGGGUACCACUCCAAAAAUGGGACUUUUAUUGCUCCGGUUAGCGGAAUUUAUGUCUUUUCAACGUCAGUAAUGAUGAUUGGAGCAAGUACCACGGAUCAUGAGAUGCAUGUUAUAAUUGAAAAGAAUAAUGCUGAAAUUGCUGGCGCUUAUGGUAAUAGCAAAGGGGCAUACGAACACAGUUCUGUAACGGCUACAAUAGAUCUUCAGGCAGGUGACGCCGUGGCCGUGACUGUAGAACGCCAUCAGGAUAUCACAUUUUACGGUGAUAAGUUGACAAGCUUCACAGGAUUUCUGCUGUAUGCGUUUUAAGCAUUUAAGUAAUAUAACUUAUUUCAAUAGUUUUUAUUUCAAUGUAAUACUUAAAAGGA